UGGCAGAUGGGAACAACUGUUACUACAGGAAAAGUCUCAGACUCCUUUAUUUUAAAAUAUUAUUAUUAAUAAUAAACCAGUAAAGGAAACAAUUCUUUUCUGUAAAAGACAUUUAUAUAUAUAUUUUAAAAAAUCAAGAUGUUAUUUAAGAUACAACUUUUUGCAGUGUUUUGGGGAACAUAUGGUCACCAGCUCCUUCCUAGGAUUGAAGAAUGUGGAGUCACAUGUUCACAGGGAUUUCUUUGCAAAAUUCAACCUGCUUCUAGUAUUUUGAAUAGUUUCUGCCAUGAUGCUCCUGCCUCUUUGCCUCCGAUUCCCCUGAGAGGCAUGAAGCUUGAGACUGUCAUGAAUUGUGCUGAACAAAUUGACUGUUCACUUCACUUAAGUGUUAAGGGAACACUGCAUCUUGAUGAAAAUAUUCGUGGCAUGGAAAUAUGUGCUCUCUCAAUGGAAACUCAGGCAUCUAAUUGUGUGACUGUGAAAAUUUCCACAAAUAUAAAUGCAAAUUCUGCUGGGAGGAAGGUGAAAGUACAAUUUAAUUGCUUUGAAGUCAGUGCAGGGCAGCAUCUCUAUGUUACCAUGAAAACACUUCCAAAUUACUGUGCAGUUAAACGAACUCAAGAAUAUUAUGUUGAAGAUUGCCAAAACAGUGAUGUGGCAAGAAAUAUUCCAGACUGUUUUGUUCCCCAAAUGGUUUAUGAGGUGGACAGAAUGCAAAAGACCAUUUCGGUAAACAUUUUGGAAGUUACUCAAGGCACGGACUAUUAUGUUCGGUUAUGCUAUCUGCGGUUUGUGUGUGAAGAUGCAGGAUUGGUCACCGUGAUUACAGAAAAGGAUUCGAUGAAACCAGUUUCUUUCCCCUAUGAUGAGCUACUGCCUUGUCUCUGUGUCGAGGCAUGGGCAGCAAUUCCAGAUGCACGGAGAAUACGAGUGUGCCCAUUUAAAAAUGAUACUAAAGCCCUCUGGGACAAUCUAAAUUAUAAUCCUGUUACACAAUCACUGGUAUGGGAAGCUGCCUGUCCCAUUGAUGUUACUGUCAGCCUUUGUCAGUUGAUGGAGACAGACAACGAGUGUGUUGAUCUAGAGAACACUUUCAAGACUAAUCUAGAGAAAGUGAAAUAUUCUCAAGUCGAUGCCAAUCCAGGACUUUGUAUGAAGUUUACAACAGAUGAUGGUUCCUGGGUGAGAUGUCCUUUUGCCCAUGGAAAUUUCCAAGCUUGGAAAAUGAGACUUGCUGUGAUGGAAGAUCACAUAGAAGUUUCCUUCGUGUCACACCCAGAGGCAAAAUUUUCAGUUCUUGUAUGUCAAAAGACUGAGUCGUCUUCAUGUAACUCUGCUGGAAUACACCAGCCAAUUUCAGUGGCUGGUCUAAAGUCAGUGUCUGUCAACAUUUCGGAGAAAACAUGUGGUUCCAACUUCUGCAUUCAGGGAUGGAGAACAGAUGUGGAUUAUUCUAUCCCUUCAUAUAUCUGUGAUUUGCCUUGCACCUCUUCUACUCGUGGCACGGGAAUUUAUGAAAAUUCCUUUAGUAUCCUACCUCUAGCAGCAUUGCUUGCUAUACUUGGGACUAUGAUGGCUCUUCUUGGACACAAACUUUUUUCAGUUUUCCAUAGGAAGAGAAAUGAAAAGGAAAACAGAUCACAUAACACAAUACAGAGAUUGAAGAGCACCCAAUCUUCGUAUUUAUGAAGGAGAGCAAAUGGUUUAGAAUUUCCAACUUUUCACCAAACGUCUCAGGAGCCUGGACUUCUUCUCUGUUGCAAACUGUUACUUAUGUGAAUAGUCUUCACAUGCCAGCGGUCCUUACUGACUGCCACACCAUUCAUGUUUCAACAGUGUAAACUCCGACAUUGUGCCAGACUUCUUCAAACCUGUGCCUUCCAAAUGUGUUCGGACUACAAAGUCUAUAAUCUCCAUUAAAAAUACUGCUCUGGUCAAAUUGUUUUUCUUGAGAGCAAACUUGCUCUUUAGAUGUUGCAGUACUAUGUACUGUUAGAGUUGGUUCUUUAUGGUUUCAUCCCAUGGUGUGCUACUACAAGCAAUUGAAAGGCCACAACUUAUAGGAAUAUUUCUAUGGGAUGAACAGCUCUUCCCAUCUCUCCUAAUGCAUCGUCAGUGUAAAGCAAAAUCUACAAUUGUUCUUCACCAUAUCAUUGUGGGCUUUCUAGCAGUGCCAUGGGAAGAGCCUUUCAGGAGACAGUUCCUUGAUGUUACUCUGUAUAUAAGAAAUGUCACUGUGUAUAUAGUGUCUUGCUUUUGAAUAACAUUUCAUUGAUAACAUGACUUUUUGUAAAUAAACAACCCUAGGCUGUUCCAGGAGUUGCUGAAUGGGAGAUAUUUUGUAUCAUUGUUUUCUUUAAUCAUUCAAUUAUUUCAUGUUGUUGUUGUUGUUGUUGUUGUUGUUAUUAUUAUUAUUAUUAUUAUUAUUAUUAUUAUUAUUUACCUCAUAUGCAUCUCAUGUUUUUUUCUAAUAGUUGGGGUCAUUUAACCAAAGACGGUAUGUACUGUUAAUAGAGUACUGGCCAGGAAACCAGUUCCAUUGAAUUUAUGUGGCUCACUUUUCAUUAAAUGUAUUCAUUCUUAGUUCUUAUCCACAAAUCAGUGAGAAUUUGUUACAGAUUAGUAGCCUGGGCUUGAAUCUAAGCUACUCUUUUGAGGUCUUUGGUACCAAUAUCUUCAAGUUUUCAAAAGUAUUGUGCCACGCUGUAACCGUAUAUGUUAUCUUGUCCUUUCACCAAUCCUCUAGUAUUUCAUAUUGAAUUCAAAUUAGAAUUCUGCUACUUGUGAUGGAGGAAGAGAAGCAAGAAGAUUGGUGGGGAAAGAAGGGGAAUGAAGUCCAAUAUUAGCCAUGCCUUACAACAUUUAAAAACUGUUGGCACACCAUCUCUGGGCAAAACAUCAUCGUGAGCCAUGUGUGGAUGAAGACCUUUUUGUUUUCCACUCCUGCCUUGUACUUAAAUUAAAUUAUGUCCUAGAAUCAAA